AUGGAGCGCUACGGGGACACCUACACCCUUGUGAUCGCCAACGCGGACAAGCUGGAGGAUAGGGAGGUGCAGCUCGAGUCAUCCAUAACGUCGUACUUCCAUGCGGACGGCUACCUCGCCGAAUCCAAGUUCAGGACCCAUGUGCAGAAGCUGCUCAGCCAAGAUGACUCGCGGCGGCCGGUCGGCUGCUUGGGCCGGGCCGGCGCGGCGGCGGCGCCGGGGGCCGCCGCCAUGCGCCCGGCGCCGGCGGCGUCGUGCUGGGCGGCCGCGGGGGGCCGGCGCCUGUGGCGGCCAGGGGCUCAGGCGCGGCUGGGGAGGACGGUGUUUGUGGCGGCAUGA